AUGGCGCGCGUGCCGGUCAUCGGGAGACUCUUCUGGUUUGAGUACCUGGCUCUCUUUGCCUCGUUGAUUCUGGUGCUGCUGGAGUGGAUCAUUCAUAUCAUCACCUUCUGUCUACCCGAGACAAUCAUCAGGUUCUGUUACGACCGGUCGAAAACGCUGUUCAACCUUUUCAUCUCCCCUGAAAGUGCAGGCAAACGCAGUAAAGAGGAGCAGUUCGCGAACUCGGUCGCACAGGCGUCGGACUUUGUCGAUAUCUGCGCGUUGUUUGGCUACGAACCCGAAGAGCACAUCGUCCAGACCAAGGAUGGGUAUCUCCUUGGCCUUCAUCGGUUGCCCUACCGGAAAGGGGAGGAGGGAACACGGGUCAACCAGGGCAAAGGAAGCACACAAAAGAAGGUGGUGUACCUGCACCACGGACUGCUGAUGUGCAGCGAGGUGUGGGUGUGCUUGACGGAAGAGCAACGCUGUCUCCCCUUUCAAUUGGUUGAGCGCGGGUACGAUGUGUGGCUCGGAAACAAUCGCGGCAACAAAUACUCCAAGAAGUCGGUGCGACGGUCGCCGUCGACCAAUGAGUUCUGGGACUUUUCGAUUGAUCAAUUCGCUUUCCACGACAUCCCCGACAGCAUUACCUACAUCCUGGAGGUGACGGGCCAGCCUUCCCUGUCGUAUGUCGGGUUUUCGCAGGGGACGGCGCAGGCCUUUGCCACGCUCUCCAUCCACCCGGUCCUGAACCAGAAAGUCGAUGUCUUUGUUGCGCUUGCGCCCGCGAUGGCGCCGACGGGGCUGCCGAACCACUUUGUCGAUUCGCUGAUGAAGGCCUCACCGAAUUUCCUGUUUCUGCUCUUUGGUCGGCGCAGCAUUCUGAGUUCGACCACCAUGUGGCAGACCGUCCUUUAUCCGCCCAUCUUUGUGCGCAUCAUCGACCGGUCGCUCUCGAUCCUGUUCAACUGGAAGUGCGCCAACAUCAGCCGCUGGCAGAAGCUGGCGGGCUACCUGCAUUUGUUUUCUUUCACCAGCACCAAGUCUGUAGUGCACUGGUUUCAGAUCAUCCGGCACAAGAACUUCCAGUUCUACGAUGACGAGGUCCACGCGCCAUUCAGCGUGGUCGCCAGCGAGCGAUUCUACAAGCCGGUCAAGUAUCCGACCAAGAACAUCAAAACGCCUAUCGUGCUGCUGUAUGGCGGCAGUGACAGUCUGGUCGACAUCGACGUCAUGCUGAAGGAAUUGCCGCGGGGGACCACGGCCAAGAAGAUCCCCAAAUAUGAGCACCUAGAUUUCUUGUGGGCGAGCGACGUGGAGAAGCUGGUUUUCGGCCAUGUGUUUGAGGCCCUGGAACGGUAUGGGUCCUCCAGGGAUGAUGCCACGGCGGCGGUCGAGAAGAAGAUACAGGUUGACCAUGACACGAUGAAUGGUUGUUAG